AUGGCAUCACCCUUUUACAACUACACAAUCGCCACUUUUAUUCGAGGCCUUGAUACUCUCUAUUAUAUUCUGAAAAAAGCCGAGGAGCAUGCAAAAGAAAACACCAUAUCUCUCAAUGAGCUUCUCAACGCUCGUAUCGCCGAAGAUAUGCAGCCUCUGGCCUUCCAAGUUGUGACAGCCACAAACAAUGUCGGAAAGGCCCUCGCUCGGGCAUUCUCCGUGGAACCUCCACCUCAAUAUCCGCCAGAUGAGACCUGGGAGGAGCUUUACAGCCGCAUUGAGAGAUAUAUUGUCGAGCUUAAAGCUGUCGAUGCAGACAUGUGUGCCAGUAGAGAGGGCAAGACCUUUGCGGCCCCGAUUGGCGUGGAAACCUUUCAAUAUACGCUGGAAGAAUAUUCCGUGCGAUUCUCGAUCCCAAACUUCUAUUUUCACCUGGUGACGACAUAUGCUACACUGCGAUCAAAAGGGUUGGAUCUAGGAAAGCUGGACUAUCUAGCUCAAUUUACGGCAUGA